AUGGAUUACGACUUCAGGAACAAGUCUGGCCCCUCCCCAUACGGUCGACCUAUGUACGGAACCGCCUCGCCUUCUCCAUCUCCGGCGUCCACUCACCCUAUGUACGGUUACCCUAAGAUCGGCCAACAUCCCCCACCGUUCUUCCCUCCUCCGGAGAGAAACUCGUCCUUUCAACACAACUCUCCUCCGUUCCCUUCUUCCUCUUCAUCUGGAUUGGGAAUCAAGGUGACUCUGAAGCCUGAGUAUCGGAUUACUCCUCCGCCUCAGUUGUUGCCUCGAGUGGGAGAUAUUCCUCGGAGCAGUUUUCAGUUCGAUUUCGGCCUAGACAGGAAAGUACUUGCAGAGGCAGAGAAAGAAAACCCUGAUUGGAGUAAAUUUGGUACCGAGAAUCCACCGACUAAAUUCCCAGAACCAACACCUUCAAUGGGUGUAGAUCCUGUUGUGAUGAAAUAUUCUGCGUCUGGGCUUAACCGAGAAGCGGUCAACAUUGCAGUUGCAAACUAUGGUGAUAAUCCCACAAAGGUUCAGGAAUUUGCAAAUGGAUUCACAGCGAUACGGGAAAUGGGGUUUCCAAUAAACGCUGUUGCAGAUGCUCUCUUCAUGUUUGAGAACGACACUGAGAAAGCAUUGGCACAUUUGCUCCAUGGUUCUUCGUGA